GGUUGGUUGGCAGGCACCUACCGGGAUGACACGUACCUCAAAUUAAAGGUGCCGUGCGGGCCUUCUUCUCCACGCAAAAACUUCACGUCUUCAACGCAAAAACCAGGAAAGCAACGACGCGUAUGGCUUGGAAGUAAUGUUCACGUCACACGGGGUUUAGUUUCGCGGGGGUGGAAUGUUCCAGCACUGAGGGAAAGAUUGAGAAAGUUGAGUCGGGAAGUUUCCAGCAGCGGAGACGGCGUUUACUCGCAGAGGAGGCGGGGAGGAGUCCGACAUGGGGAACGGCGUCUGUUCGCGAAGGCAGCGGAGGAUCUUCCAGUGUCUCAUGCUGGGCACGGUGGUCUGCGGGCUGAUGUACGGCGGGAUGAUCCACUACGAGGUGCACACGCAGCUGAAGAGGACCGAGGCCAUGGCGCUCAAGUACCAGCAGCACCAGGAGUCUCUGUCGGCGCAGCUCCAAGUGGUGUAUGAACAUCGCUCCAGGCUGGAGAAGUCUCUUCAAAAGGAAAAGUUGGAGCACAAAAAAGCCAAAGAAGAUUACCUUGGUUAUAAACUUGAAGCACAGCAGUUAUUGAACAAGGAAAAGCAAGACUCCAGUAGCAGAAUCGGCUCAUUACAAGCACAACACCAAAUAUUGAAGAACCAGCACGAUGACCUGAAAAAGCAGUUUUACAAUCUGCAGGAGCAGCAUGAAAUGCAGGGAAACGAUCACAGUCGGCUGCUGAGUGAGCACAAAGACCGCUACGACAAACUGCAGGAGGCCAAAGACACGGAAGUGGUCAUGCUGAAAGACAGCGUGAGUAACCUAAAAGAGGAAAAUAGGCAGCUGAGGAAGGCCCACCAUGACAUUCACAUGCAGCUGCAGGAUUCACAGGCAAGACAUCAGGACAUGAAGUCGGCACACGAUAAGCUUGCCCUGACACUGGAAGACCACAAGAAUGCAUUGGCAGUAGCUCAGGUGCAAGUGAAUGAAUUUAAAAAGCUGAAAGAGUCCCUGGAUACGAGACUGCCUCAGCCAAACUUUGUGCUUCCGCCACAAGAUGAAAAGGCUCAGCAGGCCGUUGCCUUGGAGCUGCCUAAAAUUAAGGAUACGCCCAUCCUAAAAGAAGAUCACCAUGACUCAGAGUCUAAGUUGAACCAGCAAGAGGAGGCGGCCCACGCCGAGUCCCAGGUGCAGGCUUACACCGCCGGGUCUCAGCUCAACUUGGACGACGGGGAGGCAGAGAGGAAGAGGGAGCUGGCGGAGGAGGAGAUGGCGCAAGCCGGACAGCCUCAAAAACUAGAGGAGGAGGACCAGGACCAACGGCCGGAGGAGGAGGAGGAGGAGGAUGGCGAUCCCAAAUUGGAGCAGCCCGACGAGAACGCCUUGGACGGUCAUAUAGAUCCACAGCAACAAGUGGCCCAGCCGGAACAUGAGGCGCACGGUCAGGAGGCGGGCGCCAAGUCCGCUUACGAGCAGCAGCAGGAGCAGCAGCGCCUGGAGGCUCAGAGGGCCGAAGAGCGCCGGCUGAUUCAAAUGCGACAAGACACCAUCAAGGCCCACAGAGAGCGAGUGCUGAGGGAGAGAGAGGAGAGGCUGAAGGACGAGCAGGAGAGAGAGAAGCAGCAGCAUCAGGAGUCGGACCGACGGGAGCGGCUGCUACGAGACGAGCACGAAAGGUCAGAAAUCAUGAGGAAGAAGGCCGAGUACGAAAACUUGGACCGUGAUGUAGACGAAGGAAAAGAGGAGCAUCAUGAUAACAAAGAAGCAGAGAGACAUGCUCACCUGUUACGUCACAAGGGGAAGGCGCCGCAACACAAGCAGGGUGGCGCCGACGGCAGGGAGGUGGACCCCGAGGACGACCCCAACAACCAGGGAGAGGACGAGUUCGAGGAGGCCGAGGACGAUCAGUCCCAUCAUCAUGAUAAUGAGGACGAGGCGGAGGAGGAGGUGGAAGAGGACGAGCCGGCCGCACAAGCCCAGCACAUGGACUCCAACUUGGACCUGCAGCAUCCUCCCAUGGAGGACGAGCUGGUGAUUGCUGGAAACCCAGAUCAGCAGGAGGACAAUCUGGACGAGCAGUACCAGGAGGAAGCGGAGGAGGCGGCUCGGGAGGACAUAGCUGGUGGGGAGAAGAGAGAGAAAGAAGAUGGAGAGGACACCUACAAUGAGGAACAGAAACCGCACAAGCAAGACACUAAUGGCAAAGACGCAGAGAACGUGGAGGAAGAGAAUUACGAGGAAGAGGAAGCAGACGAGGACGGCCCCGGUGGGGACGAGGACGCGCAUCGGCGGGCGGAGAUGUAAGACUCGAAGCCGCCGCUCGCCGAGGUUCGUCUUCCUCGGUGGCCAAGAGGGAGCCAGCGGCCACGCAGUCCAGACUCCAAGAAGGUGGGUGGUAGACGUGACCAGGCUGCUGGCAGUUGGAACUGAUCCGCUUUGCACGGUGCAACGGGAACAUGAUUGAAAGUGCCGCACACAGAAUGUACUUUAAUCACGUGUAAGAUGAACGAAUGUUGAUUUUAGUGUUUCAAACCAGUCAAUUCUUUUUUUUUUUUUUUUUUUUAAUUUAUUGUUCAACGGUUGUGACGCCGCCGACAAUCAGAAGAUGCAACUUCGACCUUUUUCAGUCCCGUGACUCGGAUUCUGCAGCAAGAAGCGUUUUUUUGUGUGACGCCAGCACGUGCCUUCCAUAGACGCCUCCGGAAAGAAAGUCGGCAUUUAUUCACUCGAGCAGUGAGAGACAAAACGUUUUGUCGAGUAAAUCACCGAAGACGGGUCAUGUCUGCUAUAUGUUGUACAGUCGAAUACUAUUUGUAUAUUUUUUAAACUGUAAUAUUUGACAACAAAAGUGGGAUUUUAAUGACAUUUUGUCAGCUGAAUAAAGAGGAUUUCAGUUAUAA